CGAGUGUGAAGUGAGUAUCCGACCGUUAUUGUACGCUGCUGCUUGCCCUAAAACAACCGAGGUUAGAGCGAUGGGGAAGAAGAAAGGAGAUGAAAACCCUAAGCCAAGUGAGAAUGAAGAAGGCCGCAAUUUACUGGGGUCACCGAAAUUCAAGAAGCUGGAGAACGGCCGGUUCAAAUGCGUAGAGACCGGUCACGAGCUGCCAGCCCACGCCAGAGACUCCUACGCCGACUCCAAGCACUGUCGGCUUGGUCUCAUCGACUCCGCCCUUUCCCGCAAUAAGCCUCCUCUCAAUAUGUUCCAACAGGACCCCGUUUCUCGUUCUAAGUUAAUAUGCAGAUUAACUGGAGAUACUAUUAAUAAGUCGGAGGAGCAUAUAUGGAAGCACAUCAACGGGAAGCGUUUUCUCAACAUGUUAGAAAAAAAGGAGGCUGAAAACGAGAUACCAAACGGAACAAUAAUGGAGCAAGACAAGGUAAAAGAAAAGAAGAAAAAGCAGAAAAAUGCAGAUGGUGGUUUGAUUAAGAAGAAAAAGAAGACUGUGAAAGAGGAGAAACCUGUUGAAGAAAUAAUCAAUGAAGUUAGGGAUUCUACAGAGAAGAGUAGUGAUUCAGAAAAAGAAGCCGACUUCUGGAUGCCUCCUGCCGGGGAAAGGUGGGACCAUGAUGAUGGUGGUGAAAGAUGGGGCUCUGAUUCAGACACCGAUGAAGCUGCUGAAGAAGGGGCCGAGGAUGAAGAAGUCAUGCAUGAAGCUGCGGAGCUAUCCAAAAAGGCCAAGCGGAUGUCCUUAGAAAUUGGACCUAGUAGUUUUGCAUCAAGGAAGAAGAAAAAGAAGACCAAUGUUGAUAAUGUGUAGCAACUUAGCUCCAAAGUCGAAGCAUGUCUCUUCACAUUUACGCUGCUGGAUAAUGGGCUUAAAUCAUCUGAAGAAAGAGUGUAGAAGGAUCUCUGUCAUUUGUUCUUGCCUUUUUUUUCAGACAAAUACUGUUUGUUUUAACUUUUAAAUAUGAAGAAAUAUAUUUAUAGUUUCUCUUUCUGAAGUAAUUUUGGUUUCAGUAAGCUAAUUUAUUUUCUUAUGAGAGCCUUUAUGCGAAACCUUAAUAAUUAAUGUAAGCAAUUAUUUCAUUUU